GAAAGAACCGCGCCUAACGCCGCCAACUCGACAUGUCUUCUGACGAUCAAGGCAUUGCCGCCCUCACGCCUCCAGCUGACCACCACAGCAGUGCUGGCUCACCCGCCGACUACAGCUCGCCACAGUCCUUCUACAGCCCGGCUGCAGAAUCUGCUCGCCGCCAGUCCAACGCCCGCACUCUCGUUCCCACGCCUGCCUUAUGCACAGCAACCUCUCCUGGCACUGUUGCCACGACGUCUUCCACAUCUAGCAGCGGCGGCCCCUGCACUCCAGCAGCGGGCGGCCCUACCGUUGGUCCCACAGGCCGGAGCUAUGUCAUCCCUCCGAGGCCAAAGCCUGGCCGCAAGCCUGCCACCGAUGAGCCUGCCUCUAAGCGCAAGGCGCAGAAUCGGGAAUCGCAGCGAGCAUUUCGCGCUCGCAAGGCGGCCAAGGUGACAGAGUUGGCCGACCAGGUCGAGCAGAUGCAGCAGAAGCACAACGAGGAGAAGAACGAUCUGCUCAACGACAUCAAUAAUCUACACAAGCAGCUGCACGAUGCGAGGCGGGCGCUAGAGGAUCAGUGCAACUACACCAAACAGGUUGAGGAAGAGCGCGACUACUGGAAAGAGCAGCACGAUACAGUGCUACGCAAUCAACAGAACGACAACGGUCAACCCACCAGCCAGAUCAACGGCCGCAACGAUGCCACCGCGACCCUAUACCAACCUCCUGCAUCUCACAGCUCCCCGGCUCGUCACUCUGUCAGCAGCUUCCCUGGGUUUGGCACGCCUAUCUCUGAUGACGUCCCUGGCGGCUGCUCUAAUUGCCAGCCUGGUAAUUGCGCUUGCAUCAACAGAAUGGAAGAGGAUAUGAAGGAUUUGGAAAACAUGAUGGACCAACCCUUCAUGCCCGCCGUUCCAUUGCCACGCCGGAACAAUCGCUCGACAACCGACGUCCAGCUCACCCUUUCGUCCGAACCAGAGGAAAUUGACUUCACUGGAUUUGGGCGACCUUCGACAGCGUUGCUCGAUGAUGAUCAGAAGAUCCACGAUUCGUGUGGCUUCUGCGAGAACGGAGGCCACUGCGUCUGCCGAGACGCCCGAGAGAAGCUACUGGCCGAGGCCGAGCUUGCGCCCCUCUCGCGUGUUUCGAGCGGUACAUCUGUGCAGCAAAAAAAACUCAUUUUGCCUGGUGGUUGCGACGAAUGUCAGACCAAUCCUGCGAGACGAGCCUGGUGUCUGCGUGUCGCACAGCUUCGCGAGGAGGGAGGCCCUCGAUCAAGGCGCAACUCAGGGCCUAGGAGCCCCAAAAUAGACACAUUGGAGCCACCAGUCGUCUCGCAGAUUGACAUGAACAUCAGCCGCGCAUCUCCCAUUCCCGGGAAGCGAUCCGUUGGCUGCAGUGAGACGUUCACACUUCUUGAUGGACGCAUCCCAAUGGAUGAUCCUUCUGUAUUCCGGACUUUGCGGCCCAUGCUUUCUGAUGGUCGACGCGACACAUUUACCAUGGAGCCGCGUGUGUACAGCGCCAUGGAGAUCGACGCCGCAGAUAUCAUCACGACCAUGCAGAACAGCAGAGGCCCUCUGAAGCCGCGCGAGUCUGAUGGCGAGUAUGCACCGCUGGUCGCUGCUGCCGAAGAGCGCCGCCGUGCCACCCACUCGCCUGCCGUUCAUCCCUCCCAGGACGACCUUCCAAUUCCCAUGGAGCUGUAGAACAUUGCGCUGCAUUUCCAUAGAUUUUCCUGCCCCCUUUCAGUCAGUGUUGAUACCCUUUUAGUUGCCUUACGUGACCUGGCCGUACAGCACGGGGAGCGCAUGUAUGCACAUGAAUGCAUUCACGUUGGUUAUGUAUGGCUACGCUGAUCCAAGGUUCAUUCCGUUCCUCCCCGUCUUUUCAAAGAGUUGACUUGCGACAGUCCUCAUUUCAGCUAUGCGCAAUUAGAUACAAUGAAUGAAUGCCAUAAUCUUACAA